UCUCACUGCAGACGAAGCAGCGCGACGAUCAACGCGAUGUUCUGUUAUUUCAAGCGAAUGCUCCGUGAUGAUUCUCGCGAAGUGCAUCGCGUUUGUCCGCGCACCGGCUGCUAGCAGGCUGCUAGCGGUUAGCCCUGCUCUGUGGACGCGCGCGCCGACACUAGUCAUCCCUCUCGCAGCACAUCGCGUUAUCGAGAUCCACACCAUCGAGGGAGCGUAACCGCUUCAUGCACCCGGAUGCGAGGUCGCCCGAUAUCCAAACGACUCCUCAGUCCUUACACAUCAGUACACGCACGUCCGUUUCCCCUUUGUUUUGGUCUCUGAUGGUUGUGUCGUUGAGCAGCACAGAUGGGCCGCAGAAAGUCCAAGAGAAAACCUCCUCCCAAGAAGAAGAUGACGGGAAACCUGGACACGCAGUUCACCUGCCCCUUCUGCAACCACGAGAAGUCCUGCGACGUCAAGAUGGAGCGGACUCGGAACACGGGGAUCAUAUCCUGCAGCGUUUGUCUGGAGGAGUUCCAGACGCCCAUCACGUAUCUGUCCGAGCCGGUGGACGUCUACAGCGACUGGAUCGACGCUUGUGAAGCGGCCAACCAGUGACGCAGCCGAACCGACACGUCUCCGGCUGGUCCAGAGCACCGGAUCAUGGUUAAAAUGAGACAAGGAUUUUUGGAUCCAUCCACAUUCCACUUGUUUUUACCUCACUGUGUGUUUUAACCUUGUCGCGUCUGCACUGAAAACUCGAGUUUACCUCCCUCUUUAGACGUAAAACGUAUUUUUAACGAUUCAUUUCAAGAACUGCUCGCUUUCACAUCACUUUUAGUGUUUUAAUGAAAUGAGAAAAAACGCUGGUUUUUAAGUAUUUUAUUGCACAAAUGUCAUAUUCAGUAAAAUUCAAAAUAAAAAGGUCAAACAUUUGUUGAAAUUGUUCAUCGCCAAAAUUCCUUUGUCACACUGAGGCUGGACUCAAAACGACUAGAUCGUAGCAAAACAUCUUAAAGGUCAUUUUAUGAUUCGCAACACUUUUAUUAUAUGUAAAAACAAUGUAAACAGAAAGGCUGUCAAUCACUGACUUUGACUUUUCUUGGUACUGAUGCAUUCACUGGCACUUGCUGAAGGAAUUUUGGUGCACUGGAGCAUUAGACGCUGAACGCAAAUUUAAAAUGAUAAAAGUUGAAUCAAUGUUUCACAGCUGUGUUCAAAGCAUUUCAUGAAGCGGUCAAAACAUCGAAAACCCCCCAGUGGUGCGUUCACUGACCUCGUAAACCUUCAAACGUCCACCU